AUUUGGAGUUCUCAGGUCGAUAGUGAAGCACAUGUUGGACAGAGUGUUCCCUGGCUUGGCAAAAGGCAAUCAGCUGGGCCAGCAACUUGAGAAGCCGAUCAGCAAUGGAAUCAGAGCUUUCUUUUGCAGAAUGAGUACACGGUAUUUUGAGAAAUAUUUUACUGCGAGAGACCUCUUACCUGGCAGAUAGACAAAGUGGCAGCAAUAUCCAGAUACUAACUACAGCCCAAGGUUCAAGAAAGUGACAAACCGAAGUUGGAACCUGAACUGCCAGAUUUUAAAAUGAGUGCAAUGGCUGAACCAGACUAUAUGGAUGAUGGAGACAGUGCAGAGCUCAUUAAGCCCAGGAAACUGGUCAACCCUGUGAAAACAUCCAAAAAUCACCAGGAACUCCACCGAGAGCUGAUAAUAAACCAGAAAAGGGGCAUUGCUCCUCAGAACAAGCCAGAGCUGCAGCGAGUGAUGGAACAGAGAAAGAGAGAUCAAGUUGUCAAACAGAAGAAAGAGGAAGAAGCUCUAAAGAAAUCUGACUUGGAGCAAGAGUUAAUGAAACGUCAACAGAGGCUAGACCAGAUUGAGCAGGAAAGGCUGAACGCAGAGGAGAAACGGGAGAAUGCGCCUGAGUUUGUCAAGAUGAAAGAUAACCUGAGGAGAACCAAACACGAGGGCGGAGACGUGCAGGUCUCUUAGAGAAGGACAGUACACGUGGAACUCUGGAGUUUGUGGAUUGGGUUUCUGUUUUUGUGGCCAUGGGAAUUCGGCACCCUGAUUAUUAUGGCUUUGCAACAAACUCCAGCAGCACAUUUUUAUUGAGCGCUCCCUUGGUCAUGGCGUACUGCCCAUCUGCAGACUGAAAGGGUUAAUUUUGUGCAGGAUAGCUUUCAGGGCAAUGACUAGAGUGAUGCUCAGUGGGCUCACUCACUGGGCUGGCUUGAUUUGAAUAGGAUUCUAAAGCAUUGAGAGACUGUUUCUUUCAUCCUCGGGAUAAUGAUCAGACAUUGUAAAAAGACAAAGUGUCACAAACAGUCAAGAGUGAACCAUUGAUACCAACCUCACUGUGGAUGAAUUACUUGACCGGCUUGCUUGCAUCUAGAACCAGCCAAUCUGCUCCAUGCACCCAGGGAUGGUAGUGAGAUUGGUCAAUUCCAUCAAUGACAUAAAACAGACAAUAAUGGAUUGGGAUCAUCCCGGAGACCCCCAGCUGAUGUCGAUGACUGACUGACUGAAUGAAGAGAGCUUCGGGCAGGAUGUAAAAUCCCUGAUGCCCUUUUAACUUCACCAGACCUGCAAUAACAUCAAUGUCAAAUUUUCCAUCCUUUUGCUUUUUGCUGUUGCUCUGCAGGACAUUGGUGCUUCAGUGUCCACUGGAAUGAAGAGGUAAUUCGAAUGGGGGGGUGGAGAGGAAUGUCACGUGAAUGCAUGGAGCUCUGUUUGGUUAAAAUCCACACUAGCAAUUUCUAAGCUAUGGCUAAACAAUGAUUGGGUGGGCAGGGGAGGGAGGGGGGAAUCAAUUUUUCCAGAUACAAUAGUGAAGGAUAACACCACUGUCCUCCCUGGAUCUCUAUUGGCCGUACUGAGAUCUGCCCUUCCUCCAACCAGAACCUGAGCAUCCUUUCAAUGUGGGACCCCAGUGAAGAGGAUGUUGAACUGUUUACAAACAGAACAAUAUGCAACAAGAAUAUGUUCAGUGUGAUUUAUUUCUUCAUCGGUCAGCCCUGCAUAGUUCAUUACAAAUCUGGUGUGAAAGCCUUCCAAAGUUUGAUAAGAUUUUGACCUUUUUUUAUAUUAAGUUUGCUAUGUGGUGUAACAAAUUCUAUGUAAUCUGUAAUGAUUGAUAAUAUUAAUGCAGUGCUUGAUAUGUUGUCAGACUAGUGUGCAAGGUUAAGUCAAGUUUUAUAUUGCUGAUCCCGCCCUGUUUAUUUGCAUGCCCCUACAUUAUAACAGUGGACUGUUGUGAAACUGCUCAGCUGACCUGAACAGUUAAGACUGAAAGAGUGAUGUGUCAUUUUGUGGAUACUGCUUGGAGAUUACUUUACUUUGCAUUGAUUUCUGUCACUCAAAUUUUGCAAAGUUCUCUCUUUCCCAAAAAUGAAGUUAAUUUGUCCAUUUCCUAAUUGGAUAUAGUUAAUGUCAAAGAUUGUGUUUAUUGUGGUCCAAAUGCCUUUGUCAUUUAGGCAAUUGGUUUUAGAAUAAUAGACAUUAGAAUCGCUACAGGGUGGAAGCAGGCCACUCGGCCUGUCGAGUCCACACUGACCCUCUGAAGAGCAUCCCACCCAGACUCACCCCAUCCCUGUAACUCCACAUAUCCCACAAGUAAUCCACCUAGUCUGCAUAUCCCUGGACACCAUGGGCAAACCCCAUGCAGGUAGUCACCCGAGGCUGGAAUCUAACCCAGGUGCCUGGUAUUGUGAGGCAGUAGUGCUAACCACUGAGCCACUGUGCCACCUCACAAUCAGAUAGAACCAAUUCUCACACUCUUCAAAUCUUACUGUCUUGUGUCAGGCAUGAAUCACACUUACAAAUAUCCAGAAGAGGAUGAAAUGUCACAUUUUUCUGGUUGGUCAGGAACCUAUUCCUGGAAUCUCCGUGAUCCUGAUCCCAAUCCCACACAAGGACAGUGGUAGUGAUGUAAUGGAAUUCUCCAAGUGGCAUUCUCUAACUGGCCUGGAGUGGGGGAGAUGUCCAAGGCUGUGAAUGUGAACCUAAGUGGGGAGGUUAAUCAGGGAGGAAUGAAUUAAAAGUCAAAUGGCAGUAGUUACUGAGCUUCACAUUACCUUUACCAAGAGCUGAGCAGUGAGGACUGAGGGGCAGCAAUGGGGUGGGCAAGCAUUCAAGAGGGCAUGCAUUCCUUUUUGCCUCCCCUGGGAACCUCAUCAAGGCUAUGGCAGACCAGAGAGUUUGAUGGUAGCUAUACCAGAGGAGAUACAGCGAGAGAAAGUGAGCUGGUAUCGCUGAAGCUCUGACAGAGACUGAGGGCCUCAUCUUCCCCAUUAGAGUCCAAACCCAGUCUUCUCCCAAUAUCAAGCCUCACAGCUUCAUUGACAUCAGCUCCACUGUCCUCUUUGUUCACACAGCAGACUGAGCACAAGUAACUCCUCACCGUGUCCUCGACAGCUUUGCUCACACUGCUCCGUGUCUCCCAGAUGAAAAUGACCAAACGUUGCUCAUCGUACUCAUAACGAGUUUGUGUCGGGGUAUGGGGAAGGUGGUGGGACUUUUGUGCGGAGACAGAGGAUCAACUUUGAUCACAUUGAAUGGCAGAGCAGGGUCAAUGGGCCAAAUGGCCUCAUCCUCUUUUUUUCUAAUGUUUCUACACCGAUAAUCAUCAAGCAAUUUAUGGAACUGUCUCAGUUGCCAAUGCCAGCCUCCCUGAAAACCCACAGGCACCAAGGAGCAAGCGGGAGUCUGUGCCACAUUUGGGGGGCUUGAUGAUCCCACUCCUUCUGCAUUGAACCUGCUAUCCAUCCCACCAUGACCCUAACUGCCCACCCUCACAUGACGCUGCUUCCCCAACCAUGAAUACCCCUCCCCACACUGAAUCCUCUUUCCCCCAUCCCUAAUCCCCCCCCCACUGAAUCUCCUGUCCUUCCUAAACCCCGAAUCCCCCUCCCCCCUGAAUUCCCCUCCCCUCCAGACUCAGAAACCCCUUCCCACCCCGAAUCCCCAAACCCCAAAUUGCCCUCCCCCACACGCCAAAACCCUUACAUCCCAAACCGCUCCCCCACAAAUCCCCCCUCCCACACCCUGAAUCCCCCCUGAAGCCCCCCCCCCCAAUCUCCCUCUCCUGCCCCAUUGAAAAUUCAGCCCCUGUCUUCACGACCCACCUCCCUGACAGCUCAAGACCUUCCACUUUGUGGUACUCACCUGGAACAUUGUGCAGGUAGGUUGAUGAAGCUGUUUGUAAAGUGACUUUUUAUCUUGAGUGACGUGAAACAAGCAGCUGUGAUUUUGUUCAAUUGACCGAAAUAGUAUUUUGCUUUUCCCAAGUCUGCCCCACCCUGCUCCCCCCCAACCCCAGUCCAUUGAAACAACGUCGUCACGACCACAUGAAAAGUGCACAUUUGCUGUUGUUUGAUUUCAUCUUGACAAGACAAACUGAUAAAAUGCAAUGUUCAAACCAAUGUUCCAACAGGAGUUUCUUUCAUGUGGCUUUGGAUGGUUUUUCUGCUUGCAUUACAGCCACACAAUAAGGGGAGAGGUGGUGCUUUUGAUAUAUUCAUGAAAAACCCUUUGCGCAGCUAAUUGUGUAAGGGAGGGAUGAUGGUAGUGAGCACAAAAACCUUCUCUAAGGUUGGACUGGAAGCCAAUGGUCACCGUGCCUGCUCCAUUCACAGCUAGCAACCACUUCUGACAACUCUGACCACCUACUUCCCAGUCAGGGAGUCUGUUGGAAAUCUGCAACAAAGAGAAAUGCUGGAGAAACUCAAUGGAUCUGACAGCGUCUACGGAGAGACAAACAGAGUUAAUAUUCCAAGUCUGGUAUGUCUCUACUUCAGUCUGUUGGCUGCUGUCAGGGUCCCUGUGUCCUUUGUCCUGCAGGGAGUUUUUUUUUGGUGGGGGAUGUGGGUUCAGACUCAUCUUGCCACUGGCUGUCCCUCCGUUGAGCACAGGGAACAUGAGCAGGACGGGGUGCCACCAAUCAGGCAAACAAGGUGGGCUUUCCACUUGGCAUAGCCCUCCCCUCUCCCCAUUGGGAUGAAGCCCUUAAGUGACCUAGUCAGGAGAGCCAAAAAGUUCUGGAACCCUCUCUAACAUUAGUUGUUCCUCUCUUUCUUUCUCCACCUCUUUCUUCCAUCAUGAUUGACUUACUUAGCUCCAUUUAAGCAUAUUCAAGAGGGCUAGAACACAAUAGCAGAGAAUAUCCUACUGAGACUGUAUAAGGCUGUAUUUUGGACGGCACGGUAGCACAGUGGUUAGCACUGCUGCCUCACAGCGCCAGAGACCCGGGUUCAAUUCCCGCCUCAGGCGACUGACUGUGUGGAGUUUGUACAUUCUCCCCAUGUCUGCGUGGGUUUCCUCCGGGUGUUCCGGUUUCCUCCCACAGUCCAAAGAUGUGCAGGUUAGGUGAAUUGGCCAAGCUAAAUUGCCCGUGGUGUUAGGUAAGGGGUAAAUGUAGGGGUAUGAGUAAGUUGCGCUUCGGCGGGUCGUUGUGGACUUGGUGGGCUGAAGGGCCUGUUUCCACACUGUAAAUAAUCUAAAUCUAAAAGUAAUCUAAAAUCUAAAAGGCUCUCGUCGGAACGCAUUUGGAAUAUUAUGAGUGGUUUAGGGUCCCAUAUCUCAGGAAGGAUGUGCUGGUGUUAGAGGGGUCCAGAGAAGGUUUGCCAGAUUGAUCCCAGGGUGAAGGGCUCCUCAUCAUAUGAGGAGUGUUUGAGGACCAUAGCUCUGUACUCAAUGGAGUCUGGAUGGAUGAGGGGGAUCUGAUUGAAACUUACAGAAUACUGAGAGGCCUGAAUUGUGUUGACGUAGAAAUAGUAUCUCCACCAAUAGGAGAGACGAGGACCCGAGGGCACAGCCUCAGUGAAGAGAUGACCCUUUAGAACUGAGAUGAGGAGGAAUUUCUUCAGCCAAAGGGUGGGGAAUCUGUGGAACUCAUUGCUACAGAGGGCUGUGGAGGCCACGUCACUGAGUGUGUUUAAGACAGAGGUUCUUGGUUGGUAGGGGGAUUAAAGAGGAAAGGUUUGAGAAACAUAUCAGGUUCUGGAUUAGAGUGGUGCUGGAAAAGCACAGCAGUUCAGGCAGCAUCCGAGGAGCAGGAAAAAU